GUAAAGCUUAGCGAAAGUCGUACACUUAGGACUGAAAAUUUAGAAGUGAAACACAACAAUAACGAUGAUUAUUAUCAAGAGGUAAUGGAUAUUUUUAAAUCAAAUGAGCAUCGCCUUCAUUCUGAUGAUUAA